AUGUGUUUUAGCUAGAGGAAUCUCUUAGCAUCAAACGAUGCUUCCUGGCGCUUGCUGCCUAGAAAUGCGUUCUUCUUCCCAAUCCCUUGGAAGCAGUGGCCAAUAGCACGAUGAAUCACCACGAAGAAAUCCCGCUCUCUCAUCUCAAUCAAUCCAUGGCCAGCAGUAGCAGCAAUGGCCAGGAUCGCGACGAGGAAGCUCUGCUAGGAGGCGGCGGCGUCGAUCCAUUCGAGCAGAUCGCAGGCAACAAGGCCCUGAGGCUGCGGCUGGAUUUCUGGAAGAAGGAGGAGGAGGUCGUGAAUCAACGCAUCGAGCGCAAGGAGCAGCGAUUGCAGAGCGCCAAGAACGAGAUCUAUCAGCUCCUGGGGAUCUACUUCGUGUUCCAAGGUGUGAUUCUCACCGCCCUAGCCCAGGCGAACGAUCUCUCCGAGAAGUGGCGCUGGAUCCCCUUCGUGCUCUCGACGCUGGCGUCCAUGGCCACGAUUCUCGCCCUCGUCUAUAAGCUGCGGGAUUGCUCGGAGCUGGAGCGCCAGAUCAAGGGCGAGAAGCUCAUGUCCAAGGCGCUGUUCCAGGCCAGCGACGAUCUCAAGAGCAUGGGGAGCGCAUUCGAUCACAAGGAUGUCCAGCGCCAGCCCCACAUUACGCACAGGCCGCAAGAUCGCCCCAAAAAUCUUAUCCCCAGGAUCUGGGAAGAUCACAUGAAGGCUUACGGCGCAUUGCUAGUAGUGAUCUUGCUCAUCUUCUCCACGAUCAUGGGAAUUGCUUGCUGGCAAAUCACAUCGAGCAAAAAUUGAAAGAGCGCUGCUAUUAAGUUCCGAUUUUAGGGUUCUUGAGCACUAAAGCAUAUUCCUUAACGCUCAAAGAAUAUUCUUCGGAGGUCAAAGAAGACGAGUUCGUCUGUGAGGGUUUGAUCGCUCGCUUCUAGCACAAUGCUGCGCCCCAGUUUCGUUAUCCCGGUCACUCCAAGUGAUGAAUCGAACGCUCCUCCUCAAAAUCUCACCCCUGGCACCGAUCCUUACGCGCAAAUUGCUGCAAAUCCCGCACUUAAGCUGCGUCUGGAAUUGUGGAAGAAGGAGGAAGAAGUCGUGAACCAGCGAAUCGAGCGCAAGGAGCAGCGCCUCCAGAACACCAAGAACGAGAUCUAUCAACUUCUAGGCAUCUACUUCGUCUUCCAAGGUGUGAUUCUCACUGCCCUGGCCCAGGCCACAAAUUUGCCCCAAAGUCGCGUAUGGAUCCCUUUCGUUCUCUCGAUGCUCGCCUCGCUCGCCACAAUCCUCGCUCUCAUCUUCAAAUUGGAGGAUUGCGCAGAGCUCCAGCGCCAAAUCGCAAGCGAGAAGCUGCUAUCCAGGGCCCUGUUCCAGGCCAGUGACACGCUCAAGAGCAUGGGCAACGAUUACAACCCCACGGAUCUCCAGCUCUUGCCCCAUCUCCAAAAUCCCAAGACCGUGGAUCGAUCGCAGCUUUCGAGGAUCUGGAUCAGCCACAUGGAGGGAUACGGCGCAUUCCUGCUAGUCAUUCUGUUCAUCUUCUCCGCGAUAAUGGCCAUCUCGUGCUGGAUCAUCCACAACGACGGCUCCUCAGAACCCAAGAACUAGUAACCGUCCGAUAAGAAGGUUUUACGCCGUCCGAUCGGAUUAUAAAAAUCAUGGACAAUAAUGACCGGGGCUUUUAGUAGGGUU